AUGGAUAAAGCAGUUACAUUGUUUGAUAAUCCUGAUUUUAGUAUCAAAGAACUAGUCCAUUCAUUAUAUUUGGAUACAUUAAUGAUAAGACAAUGUUUUCAAGCAACAUGCGUUCUAUUACGUAAUAAUAAUAAUAAUAAUAAUAAUAAUAAUAAUAAUAAUAAUAAUAAUAAAUACAAUCACAAAUCAGAUUAUUCAUCAAAACUUUGUCCAAUCAAUUUAUUUCUUUUUCGAGAUAAUCAACAAAUCAAUGUUUCAUCUUUGUUAACAAGUAAUUCAAGACAUAUCACUUCAUGGACUUAUUCACCGUUUAACAUCAGUGAUCCUGUGGAUCGGCUGCCUAAUUUUAUCAUUUGCCAAACUCCUUUAUUAGUGAAUAUACCAGUUAAUUCAAUGAAUCUGCCAAAUAUAACAUCAGCACCUAUACAAUGGUUAAUUUGUUUAAGAUUAAUUAUUGAUGAUAUUGAUGAAAAGAAUAAUUCACUUGAUGAAUUCAUUGUUUCACUUCAUCCGCAUAUAAUGAACUCUUCUUCUUCUUCUUCUUGGUUUUCACCGAAAAUUCAAAUUAAUUUACAAAAACACCACAGUGGACAAAUACAUUUAAAUUUAUUUGCUUACACGUCGGAUAAUAUAUUUUUCCCCGAUCAUUGCGAUAAUGAUGAUGAUGUAACAAGCUAUCAUCAACAUGAUAAUGAUGUAACAGUUCAUUUAUGUGUACAUUUAGUGACUAAUUCCAAUUGUUGUUAUAUUUUGCAUUUAUUUCAUCCAUUGAUUUUAUCUUUUUCUAAUCUAUUACAUAAUUAUUAUAAUUUUCAAAAUUAUUUCUUAUGUAUAUCAACAAAUUCAAUGUUAAAAAUUGUAGAUUUGCUUCCUCUGUGUAUAUAUCCUUAUCGUAAACAAUGGACAACUACAAUUCACCAAAAUCAUUCAAUGUUCAAUGAACAAUCAAUGAUCAAUAUUUUAGAAUCAAGGUUAAAUGAUGUUUGUACGUGGAAUGUUUACAAAUCAAAUAAAUUCUUGUUAUAUUUAAUUACAAAUGAUAUUUUCAAAGGAAUAUGUAUAUGUGUAAAUAUGGAGAAUGAUCCAACAAUGAUAAUUGAAAUUCGUUCUAGUUCACGUAAAUUACUGCAUCUAUUCGACCAAGUAUUAUCAUUAUCAUCAACUGACAAUACAAUCAUCAAUGAUCUUCAUUUUAUUCCUUACACUAAAGAUUCAUUAAAAAUCAAUACAAAUUUAUUACAUAAUGAUAAUGACAAUAAUCAUACUGAUAAAUCAUGUCAUCAACAAAAUUUACUAACUGACUCAUUAAAUUGUCUAAUCAAUGAAACAGAAUUCCUUAUUACACAAAUGACUCAACUUGUUGAAUGUACCAUGCAGAAACAUAUUCCUGAAUUACCUGUAUUCUUGAAAGAUUUAACUAAUAAUAAUACUUUAGAUAUUGCACAUCGUUCCAUUGAAUGGCGAUCAAUUGUCAAUCAAGCUAGUACUCUACCGAUUGAUGUGGUGGAAAAUCUACGCUUGAAUAUUGAAUAUUCUCAAUUACGUCAACAAACAGAUGAGAAUUUCAAGAAAACUUUGUUUUAUUGGAAAUGAUUUCCGGUGGGUUGUUAUUUUUUUUUUCUGUAAAUAAUCAUCUAUCGUUGAAAUCCGAUAAAAUUUUUGUAAAUUUACUUACUGUAAAUA